GCAAAAACCCCCUCCGGACUAUCAUCCUAGUUGACCGGCCGACCCACCGUCGCACCCCAUAUUGCAUUGACUGUGACCAGAUAUCUGUUCGUCUUAUUGUCCUUAUCUUCAAUACCUCACAUCCUCUACAGCUCCAAGACAAGUACAUGCCUCGUCUCUCCCAACCUGCCACUCCAUUGGCCUCGUUGCGAUUCCUGCGUCGAGCUGCAUUCUCGCCCUCUUCCCCGCACCGAUUUCACAACCACCAUCGUUGUUACCACCCACUCUCCUCAAUACCACGUCCUCGGGGCCAGAACCCUCAGUUGAAUCAGUCGAUACUUGCCUCCCCGGCCCUUCGAACCAUGUCCUCCCUUUCUGCCCAGGCUAAGCGCCUCGCUGGCAAGACCAUCGUUGUCACUGGCGCCAGCAGCGGCAUUGGCAAAUCCGUCGCUCAAGAGUUCGCGCGCACAUCCCCGGACAAUCUCAAGAUUGUCAUCACAGCUCGCCGAAUUGACACUCUCAAAAAGGUGGCUGCUGAGAUCAACAGCGAGGUCGGCUCCGGUGUAAAAGUCCUCCCUGUCCAGCUCGACGUCUCUGACCCCAAAGCCGUGGCUGGUUUUGUUGGUGGUUUGCCAGAAGAGUUUCGCAACAUCGAUGUUCUUGUAAACAAUGCUGGCCUAGUCAAGGGUGUCGACCAGGCGCCCAACAUCAAGGCUGAUGAUAUCAACGUCAUGUUCGCCACCAACGUCACCGGCUUGAUUAACAUGACACAGGAGGUCUUGAAGAUCUUCAAGGCCAAGAAUGGUGGUAAGGACGGUGGUAGCGGGGAUAUCAUCAACAUUGGCUCCAUCGCUGGCCGUGAGGGCUAUCCCGGAGGCAGUAUUUACUGUGCCACCAAAGCUGCAGUCCGGACAUUUACCGAUUCAUUAAGGAGAGAGUUGAUUGCCACGAGAAUCAGGGUCAUUGAGAUCGAUCCUGGCCAAGUCGAGACGGAAUUCUCCAUUGUUCGUUUUGGCGGCGACAAGGCCAAGGCCGAUGCCGUAUACAAGGGUGUUGAGCCUCUCACCCCCGACGACAUUGCAGAGAUCGUCGUCUUCACAGUCGGACGAAGGGAAAACGUCGUCAUUGCCGACACCUUGAUUUUCCCCAAUCACCAGGCCGCCGCAACUGUCAUGCAUCGAAAAUCAUAGCCGGGUCAUGCCAGUCUGGUAAUAGCACCGGUGCAGAGAGGCUGUUGAAAGCCAGUCCCACGUACUACUAUAUGUAUGGACUGUCGAUUUUAUUCGCAUCUCCAAUGUUACUGUAGAUAGUGACCGACUUAUUAGAUAUGUGGGAAGACGUCACGCUAGUUCAAUACUGGUUUGCACGUUUAAAAUUUGAGACACCUUGAAUGGCAGAUAUCUCACCAGCUAGCCUGCACCCCCCGGGCUGAAUGGCCAUGCAGAUGAAAAUAUGUAUGCUACUGCAAC